ACUUGACCUACAUUUAACGUAUAAACCAAGGUGAAAGAUAAGGCACUGCAAUUGGUUAUUUCAUUGUGACAACUAACAACGAUAUGAGGUUUAAUUGGCAUUUAGUCCAUUUUUUCGCACUUAUUCCUGUUAUUUUCUCUGUCUCACUGUCACAAAAAGAGCAGGAGGAUAUCAGAGUAAAAUGCUACAGCAGUCACACCAUUUACAGUCACUUUCAAGGAUGGACGACAUGGUCACACUGGAGUCAGUGUUCGUCAAGUUCUGGCUUUGGAAUUCAAAAAAGAUACCGAAACUGUUACUCUUCUUUUGCCUGUCCUGUUGGGACAUAUCAACAAAGAAUAUGCACAACAGCUAUCCAUGGGGGAUGGAGUUCCUGGACCACCCAUUCUUGUAGCAAGACUUGUGGAGGCGGAUACGCUCUGAUGCAACGUUCUUGUUCGAAUCCUGCUCCAAUGUUUGGGGGGUCUGCCUGCAGAGGACAGUAUUAUAAAUACGUAGCUUGCAAUACUCAUCCAUGCCAAGGGGGAUGGAGUUCCUGGACCACCCAUUCUUGUAGCAAGACUUGUGGAGGCGGAUACGCUCUGAUGCAACGUUCUUGUACGAACCCUUUUCAACGGUUUGGGGGGUCUGCCUGCAGAGGACUGUAUUAUAAAUACGUAGCUUGCAAUACUCAUCCAUGCCAAGUUCCCAUGACCUCAACCAUUACAACGCCGCCACCCACAACUAUUUGGUCUACCAAACAACCAGCUAAUACCACUAAACCAAUACGUACAACAGCCACAACAGUAGUUACCACGCCACCGACGACGACUACCACAACAACUACGAUGCCAUCGCCAACUACGACUUCAACUACUACUACAACAACAGCAACAUCUACCAUGACGACACCACAAACGUCUUCUACCACCAUUACGCCGCCACUUACCACAACACAAUCCACACCGACUACAACGAAAAAGAAAUUUUUUACAAUACGCGCUGUAAUAAAAUAAGUUGACAAGAUCAAUAAACUAUGCAUUGGCAUUGGAGGACUUAAAUAAUUAAUACGAAACAGAUGU